UGACCACUACUGUAACUACCCGAAAACUUGUAUUGGAUACAGACACAAGCAUUGCGGCCUUUUUGGUUGGGGUAGAUGCGGUUAUCACUAUAGAUACACCUGCUUUCCACGAGUUUGCUGCAAUGGUUGGACUAACUAUGCACAUGGUUGCAACCAACCAAUAUGUCCUACGCCGUGCUAUAAUGGAGGCACCUGUAUACAGCCUGACACAUGCAAAUGUCUGCCAUCCCAUGAUGGAAAGUACUGUGCGACAUUGAAGUGUUCCCAUUUGUCACCUUGCUACCCUGGUACGUGUAGUUACCCUGCCAAGUGUGCCUGCUUUCCUGGAUUUAGCAAUCCAAAUUCAGGAUGCCUGCAGUUUUCAGCUAAUAAAAAUCCUCCAGACAUAACUUCCUGUGAGUUGACUCUGGCCAGCAUCAGUCGGACAGAUAAAAAGCAACAAUUCUACCACAAUGUACCGUGUUCCGAUGGAACUACUACAGAAAUAUUUUGGUCAAAUCAAAAAUUUUUCAACUAUGUCAAUCUUUCCAUGGAAUCUAUUUAUCAUGCCUUACCACAAAUGCCUCCAGCACCAGAUUAUGUUACAGCGAAAGGUUUUGGAAUCGUCGAAAGCAAAAUACAAAUUGCUCAUACGAAACAUCCACGUAAAGGUACACAUCGUUUUGUUGCUUUAAACAAAACAUAUACAUGUCCCGGUUUGUCCAGCACACAACCGAAAAAAGAUCCAGCGGUUUGUGAUAUUAUCGAAGAAAACUACAAAACCAACAUAGAACACAAUGAUGUAUUUAUGGUGACAUAUUCUACAAAAAACGGUGGCUUUCGAAAAUUGUAUGACUCGAAUUACCACCGUCCCUAUAGGACUGACACAUACAUCGGGCAAUCUAGCACUAAAACACUGGAAUUCAAGUUCGAUUUUAUUGUCCCUGUCCAUUGUUCUGAACCAAAUGCUACAGCGAAAUGCGGCCCAGGAGAGGAGGAACCUCUGUUUAUAACAGAGGAUAUCACAAAGAACCCAAUUAACAUCACAUGGGAUGGCUGGUCAGAUGCACUAUCUCGUAUAUCUUACUACUACAUGGAAGUGUUUGAACUGAAGCCUAAUGUCCACGGUGACCUUACAGAGCUGGAACCACUAAAACCAGUAUUUAACUUUAGAACAAAUGAAACAUAUUCUAUUGAAUUUCCUACAUACACACCGUCUCAGCCCGGGAUGUAUUCUAUUCUUCUUCGAACCGCAGACCACGCGAAUAAUUCUAAAAUAGCACGCCGUUUAGUUCUGUUUGACAAUCAUUCAAAUAUAACUCUUACGAAACCCGGUUUCCUGUCUGGCAAAGCAAUUAAUGUCUCGGAUAUUUCUGUUGGUGACGGAGGCAUGCACGUGAUCAGUGCAGAACCAGAAACGGGUUACAUGUGGCAAACAACAAAGAAUGGAACAAAAACAAGAAUAAUCCUAGAUUGGCAGAAUCAUUUCGUCAAUAAAAAGCACGAAGAUGGAAAAUUUCUAAAUCGCGUCCUUGCAUACCCGAUACAGUUUGCAAAACUUCAAGAAGAUGGAAUACUACGGAGUGAAAAGUUUGUCACUUUAGAUGAUCAUGAAGGGAAAAGAACUACGAGUGCUAUACCAAAUGUUCAUGGCAUUGUGAAAUUCGAAACAAAGAGAGUUCUAACUGAUGAUAGAAAUGUCCCUGUUGAUGGAUGGGUGUCACAUCCUUUAAUUGAGAAAUAUGAAUUAAUGGAAGACCUGAGUGAUGGUAGUCAUGUCCGACUUUGGGUCCGAGCAACCGAUGUAAUGAACAACACACUAGCGGACUAUACAGAAGUACAUAUUGACAACACACCACCUAGACUUGCUGACACAAAACUACACAAAAACAUUGUUAAUGGAACUUACACAUACUCAUCAAGGAUAACUUUUACGGCGUCCGAUGGCGGAAGUGGUGUUCACAAGCUGGGAUACGAACUUUCUGUAGAAAACAGCACAAAGUCUAACAAACAAGGAACUAUCACAGCCAACAGAAAUAAUGCCACUGAUGCUUGCGGCAAAGAUCCGACUUGCCAUUGUAUUUUGGACACCUGUUUCCUGAUAGAACAAACAAUUGAUAUCGAUAACUGUUGGUUUCUCGUUCCAAAAAAAGACCUGAACAAAUCUGCCGUGGUAACCGUGACUGUCUACAACCAAGCUUUACUUUACACGGAAUUUAGCGUCAAUAUAUCCCAUCUUACAGAGUUGAGAGGCUUGGAAGAAUAUUCUGGUCCGACCAACAUUCGUGUAGAGAAAAAUUUAGCUACUGGUGUUCGUCUAGUGUGGGAUUUGCCCGAAAAGGCGUCAUGUUACGGCCGCGCUGAUAUUGAAAUUAUGUUGAUAAACCCUGAUGGAACAGUUCGAAUAAUCAACGUUUACAAUGAGGAAACUUCCGUGGAUCUAGUAGGACUUGAUCCAGAUAAAGAAUAUAGCAUGUCGUUAAGACUUGGAUUUCAAGGGACAGAGCUAGCAGCAUUACCUUACUCCUUCAAGACAGCUCCACAGAAGAAUUACCUUUCAGGUGGUAUUAUUGCUGGAAUUGUUGUUAGUGUAUUGCUGAUAAUCGGAUUGUUGAUUGCAAUAUUUGUGGUACUAUUAAGACGAGGCCAUAUGAAGCCUGUGCGACGUGGAUUUAAUGCGUUGACUGUAAAAUACCGGAAGUCAGUGGCUGCCAAAAGGACAAGAGCACGAAGCAAUGCGUACGGAAGGGGAUAUAGCAAUGCGGAGUCAUUGUACAUGUAUGGAGAGAUGGACUUCAAGGAUAUACAGUCAUGGCAGCUUAACCGUGACAAUAUUGUUCUAGAGUCUUUGCUGACAUCUGGCAACUAUGCCGACAUAUUUCUUGCAAAUCUAAGGACCUCAAAGGAAACUGUCGUUGCCAAAACAUUGAAGCAGGGGUUUACAGAAAAUGACGAACUCCUGAUGAAGGCGAAGAUUAAUUUUAAUGCUGUUGAGGUGGGAAAGCAUGAGAACAUUUUACAUUUCAUCGGUGCAGUUGUUUCUGAUUCUGAGAUUGGACCUUUUAUUAUCUAUGAAUUUUGCUCGAACGGACAAUUACGUGACUACUUACAAACAUUGAGAACCAACCUGACCCUAGAGACUCAAGAGAGACUUCAGAGAUUUGGACUGGGUGUAGCACGCGGCAUGGAACACCUUGCACAGAGAAAGAUUGUACAUAGACGAUUGGCUGCACGAAACGUACUAGUAAAUGCAUCUCUUGAAGUGAAAAUAGCUGGAUUUGGACCACAGCCUGAUGAAAAUAAAGAUGGUGAUGGACAAGCAAACAAAAGGGAGCGUAUUCCAAUCAAAUGGAUGGCCCCGGAGUGCCUAAAGUCCACAGCGGAUGCGACAGAAAAGAGCGAUGUAUGGUCAUAUGGUAUUGUUGUGUGGGAAAUAUUUUCUCUAGGGGAAAGUCCCUAUGGGAACACCAAAGGCCGUGACAUUCCAGCAAAGUUGAAGGAAGGCUUCAGGCUUCAGAAACCAGAACAAUGCGAUGACAGAUGGUAUGGUGUAAUGAAACGAACAUGGGCUGAAGCCGCAAAGAAAAGGCCAACAUUUAAAGAGAUUCGAAAUGAACUGGAUGAGAUGUUUGUAGCAGCUCCAGUUGAUGAUUAUUACUACAGUCAGUAGAGAGCAAUACAGACUAAAUUGUAUAUAACCGUUGAUUUACAGUGAUAUAAUCACAUAGACUUGUUCACAUACAACGAUGUCGCCUGUAUCUUAUUAACUUAGUGGUUCUUGCUGUCUUUCACCAAAACAACCAUUAAUCUUUCGUUACAUUCUUCUUCUUUCGCUUAAUUAUUGAUGGAUAAAAUGAAAUUUGAUAUUCGAGUAUUAUAAGAAAUUAUAAGACACGAUAUCCAGUAAUAUAAUGUGUCAAUGUUUCGUUUGUAAAAACCCUUUCAUUGCUGCUGUGCAACAUACAUGAGUACAAGGUGUAUGAAAAAAAAUAUAUCUCAAAUUUCCUGAAAAAUGACAUCACUGGAAAUAUGAUCAGCAUUAAAAUUUAGCAACAAAACAAUACGGAUAAUUCAAAAUUACACACUGGAUACAAAUUCAUUUAAAAAUAAUAUUUGUUUCACACUUUGGGUGGCCAUUUUUAUUCCUGGUUAUUGUAAUAGAGGAUUAGUUUAAGAAAUAGAUGUUUACAAUUAUACUUUCAACCGAUACUGUUUUAUUCUGUUGUUCGCGAACUAUAAACUGUAUAAAUAUAGAACCAUAUGGACACUGAACCUGAUUACUUGUUUUAUAGGAGAAGCCAAUGACACGACUAAAUUGUCAUUUAGAUUUUGGAACAAGAUUUUAUUUUUAUUCUAAUAGAUCUAUAUAUAUAUACCUUUCAUUAUAUUUAAUGUGUCAUUUAUUGUGUUUUAUAUUGUUUACGCUAGUACUUACUUUGACUAGGUCGCAUUUUGAGAUUUUGCUUGAAUCUAUAUUUUAUCAUUUUGCUUUGAUAUUCAUACCAUUUCUGUCAAGUGGUAUUAUCUCAUCAUAAUAUGCCUUUAUGUGACUCCAAAUUACAGUUGUCUAUCUUAUGUAUAUAAUAACAUAGCUAAUUUUUGUAACACUUUCGUACACGUGUAAUAUAUUUUGACAUCCUCCUGACUGUAUACAUAAGUUUUAAAACGCUUAUUACAUCAUACUGAUAAUAGAAUUAAAAGGCAUAAUCUAAUCAUCGAAAUGAGUUGUACGAAGAAUAUAGCAAUUUUUGCUUUAUUUUAGUUCGUAUAAGGUUCUAUUAACUAGUAUUUCAUGUUAUUCUACAUUCAUUGUUAUAUUUAAUCACUGUGGUGGGUGUUAUAUAAUCGGAACAAAAGUGUAUUCAUAUAAAUGUUGUCUUUACUUUCUUGUGAUAAUCAAGAGCUUAUUUUGAAUAUAUAGCUACAUUUAUUUCUUGUGAAUAACAUGUUUUGUAAUAUACGAGUACAUACGAUGGCUGUUUCAUUAAAUCGUAGACAUUGAAAAUUAAAAGAAAUUAACAUUAAUUUACAUGUACGGGGUUUCAACAGUUAUCACGGGAUACACUCAAAUAAUUACAGUACAAUGUGUCUCAGAAUUAUGGUUUCACAUCAGGUAUAAGUGAAGCACAUACCGGCGAUCGCUUCACGUCGUUACGCCAAUACGGUAAACUACAUGAAGUGCGAUGUACGUUCUUUCUCAAAAUAUUCCUCUGCAUGCUCAAACCACUUCCGGAACCCAACGCGCAGACACACAUUACAUUGAUAAUUCGUAAGUAAGUAGUCGCUGUAAAGCUGUAUAGUAAUAGAACCCUGUACAUUCAGCCAAUUCUCGCAUUCCCCUCUUACUACCAUGACUUAUUUGCUAUCUCCGCAGCUUUUUUGGUCUUCGUCGGUACGCGUGUGUUUAUGAUUUUCCCGGAAAUGCUUCUUAUAGGCUAGUGUCCGCGAAACAUUUUGAACCCCUGAAUAUGUCGCAACCCGCUAAUAAUAUAUACGUGAGUUAUUCCGCAUUUUAAACAGAAUCCUAUCAGUUUCCGUUGCGUCGCGGCAUCUUACGACGUCUCUAGCUUAGCAAGAUGUGUUACAGCAGCACUUGUACGCAUGAAACGACCACUAAUGUCACUUACUUGAAAUUUUGCAGCGUGGCAUCUGAAUGGUUUAUGCUGACGCGUAUAAAAUGUUGAGCGGCGUUGUUGACAAUAAGCAUAGCAUAUGUUAUAACCGUUUGAAGACGGAUCAUAUUGAUGAAUCGCAUGGGCUGCGCCGCUCACAUCAAUUUUGCGUCAGUUUAACUCUAAAAGUAUAUCGUCUGAAUUUUAGUCAAAUCAUAAGUAGUUAACUGGAAAUAGCCACACUUUAUUUGUAAGUGUAAACUAAUUGCAAUUGGAUGUCACUAAAACUGAUUUAUUACAAGUGUCUACGAUUUAGUGGGACAACCCUUGUGUAUAUAAAAUUUUAGAGAGGUUGCGAUUUCAAACGCAUACAUUUGUGGCUCAGUUAGCUACAGUUACACUUAAAUAUUUCAGUUCGCUUGACAAAUGGCGGGCAUGCCAUAUCAGGCUGCUCGUGAAAAGCGUUUUCGUUCUAUUUAUAUCUUCACUGAAACAGAUUGAACAAACACAAUUCAGCGGCUAUCAAGUUUCACUUGGAUGAAAAAAAAAACACACAAAAAAAAAAAAAAAAACACCAACAACACUGAAAGCACAUCCAUUGUAUUAUUAUUUUUGUAAGGCGUGAAUGAAUCAAGAUAUUUAAAAAAUUACAUUUGUCGAAUGAACUGGAUUGCGAUCUGCAUUACUGAUUAUCAAACGUACUGACUGUAGACUGAAUAACCGCUUUGCUGAAUAUCAUGUAGAAUGGCUGACAAAACUGUAUGACAGCAAAACGGAAUGGCUAGUUAGUAACUGACAAAUGACUUUCAAAUUAUUGGCACACUAUUCUUGACAAACCAUGUCUCAGAAACUGGAUAGUGAAAUUUGUUUCUCAAACAAGAUGUCAAGCUGUCUGUUUGACAUGUGAUUUUCAAACAUGUAUAUAGUUCUAUAGAUAGUUCGCCAUUUUCUCCAAUAAGCGGUAUUUCAAAUAAACAUUUCAUUUGCGCAAAAGGAACGUUGACGCUACUCACUUAAAUCGAAGUCUAACCAAUGUACUUGUACAAAUAAACAGGUAUACAUACAUUGAUGACGUAGAACACGCAUGUUCGUAAUACACGUAGAAGUAUACGUCCGCAUUUGAAAUUGAAACCUUUCUAUAAAAAUGAUUUAACACUUUAUUAUAUAAACAGAUAUAUACAGGCUUGUGGUCAUUUA